ACACUCACCAUAGCUACGCGCGCACGCUCACCUCCAUCACUGGGAAACGCGUGGAGUUGUCACAUUUUACGGAAUAAUCUCGAAAUAUCUGCUUGUUGGCACUGCUAUUCAAAUAAAUGCUGCCUCUAAUGAAUUCAUCCGAACAUAAUUUUAGAGGACAUUAACCUUCAGUGUUUGGAAGUUAGCAGAUACAUCUAAUGGUCUGUGUGAUAUCACCAGUUGCUUUAAGAUGACCAAGGAGAACUGAAAGGCAUCCUGGCUCCUCCUCAAGCUCUCUAUUUCUCCGUCACCUGCAUACGCUCCUCUAUGGGUUCCCGAAGUCAGGGGUUCUUUCAUCACUCAUAUAACCAUCAUCACCACCACCAUCAUCAUCAUCACCGCAGUUCAGUGAUGCCUACAACUGUGCCUCGACUGGUACCCGAGACCAGCAGCCUGUUGGGUGGCAUCGCCCAGAUCACCCCUUCCUUGUUCAUUGGACGUGGGAAUGUGGCGUCCAACCGCAGUCUCCUCCUGUCCAAAGGAAUUACCUGUGUGGUGAACGCCACCAUUGAGCUGCCCAACUUCAACUGGCCGCACAUGGAAUACAUGAAGGUGCCACUGGCCGACAUGCCCCAUUCUCCAAUCUCACUUUAUUUUGACAGUGUGGCUGAUAAGAUCCACAGUGUGGGCCGCAAACGGGGAGCCGUCUUGGUGCAUUGUGCAGCUGGGGUGAGCCGAUCCGCCUCGCUUUGUUUGGCUUAUCUCAUGAAGUACCACAGAGUUUCCCUGGCUGAGGCCCACGCUUGGGUGAAGGCCCGGCGACCCGUCAUUCGUCCUAAUGGAGGAUUCUGGCAACAACUCAUUGAGUACGAAAGGAAACUGUUUGGCAGGAACUCUGUGAAAAUGAUCCAGACACCAUAUGGUGUCAUACCAGAUAUCUAUGAGCGGGAUCGUAGAAACCUGGCACCUUACUGGGGCUUGUGAAGAGGGGUUUGGGCUUUGGUUCAAGUGUAGAGUAUCAAAAGGUCCGAUAACUGAUCUCUGUCUCCCAUCGUCUUCCGACCUCUUCAGAAACGUACUAUGUUCCUCCAGCGAGAGGAUCAAGUGACACGCAAGUGCUUGCCUGAGAGUUUGUGUCCAUUUUUUUAAAGGGAAGGGUCCACUUUCUUAUGAGAUUAGGAGUGAUAGGGUCAUUAUUGAAUGCUGAACUGACUCCCCUCAAGAGCAUACUGCUCAGGAUAACUGGUAGAAUUUGAAACAACAGCAACAGUAAAAACUUCGUAUUCCAGUGUGUAUUUAAUAUCUUGUUCAGAAGAAAUUACUAAAAAAGACAGAUACUAGUUUUGAAAGUUUUUAAACAUAAAAGACAUAAAACAGUUUAACAGAUGGACACUUUACAAUUUUAUUUCAGUUUCAGUUUUCAGAUUCCAUAUUGAAUGAUGUGUUAUUGAAUAUAAAUUUAAAUUUUAUAUAUAAAGAGCAAUGUUGGAAUAUAAAAUAGCAGUGCUUUAAAAGCACAGUCAACAUUUUGAAAGCUUUGGAAUGUUUAUUUCAUAAAAAGCAGAUUAUUAAAUAUGACAGUCACUGUCAAGCCAUUUUUUCAAUGAAUAAUAUUUUUGUCUAUUUGUACUUUAAGUCAUCAUUAUUUUAUGUAGUGAAGCAGUAAUUAUACAGUAACAAGAGACGACAUCUAUCAAAAGAAAUUACAAUUCUUCAUGUAAUUUUUUUUUUUUUUUAAGUGUUCAGAUAUCAUUUGUGUUCAAAUUAAUAAAGGAUGAAAUAUUUUAAUGUUGUAUUUAUGUUGUUAAAUGCAUAAACUGUUUUUCAAUGUAAUGUUUAAAUUUUUAAUAUGUACAAAUUACAGCAAAGCUACAUAAGCUUCCAUACAUGUAAAGUACACCAAUCAGCCACAACAUUAAAACCACCUGCCUAAUAUUGUGUAGGUUCCCCUUGUGAUGCCAAAACAGCACCAACCCGCAUUCUGCGGAAUAGCAUUCUGAGAUGAUAUUCUUCUCACCACAAUUGUAGAGCGGUUAUCUGAGUUACCGUAGACUUUGUCAGUUCGAACCUGUCUGGCCAUUCUCUGUUGACCUCUCUCAUCGACAAGGCAUUCCAGUCCAUAGAACUGCCACUCACAGGAUGUUUUUUUGUUUUUGGCACCAUUCUGAGAAAAUUCUAGAGACUGUUGUGUGUGAAAAUCCCAGGAGAUCAGCAGUUCCAGAAAUACUCAAACCAGCCCAUCUGGCACCAACAAUCAUGCCACGGUCCAAAUCACUGAGAUCACAUUUUUUCCCCAUUCUGAUGGUUGAUGUGAACAUUAACUGAAGCUCCUGACCCGUAUCUGCAUGAUUUUAUGCACUGCAGCCACAUGACUGGAUGAUUAGAUAAUCGCAUGGAUGAUUGUUGGUGCCAGAUGGGCUGGUUUGAGUAUUUCUGUAACUGCUGAUCU